GAUAAUUUUUGACUACGGAGCUUCCUCUCCGAUUGGUGCCUGGUGCUUUAGUGGAAAAGAAAAGUGUAACUCUUGUUUUUUGGUGAAAUUUUGCACAAACAUGCGUACGAUAGCGCAACUGGUGGCACUGUUUGGUACGAUCGCAGUACUGCUGCUAGUAUCCACCGAGAUGACGUUCGCUAAUCCACUUUCUCCCAACUCGCCCGCCGAACGACCGCACAUCCAGCCCUUCCAGAUGGCUUCCGCUCCGCUCGUUGCGCAGUCCCGUAGCGCCAUGGUGCAGACGCUUACCUGUACGAAUCCUACCUGCUCGGCGCAGUGCCGCGGACGUGGCUACCGCCGAGGAUCGUGCACCAUCGGCCGCUGCUUCUGUUCCUACGUGUAGUACGGGCGACCGCGCAACGCGCAAAACAACUUCCCGGCGUGCUGCAACGCGAUUGCUGAGAUCUGUAAGCUUAGAUUAGAUAGUGUGCAAGACGAUGCUGAUAAUAUCAGCUACAUUCGGUGGAAAAGUUCCCUAAUAAAUGGUGGUAUACAGGUUCGUACGUUUGCCGCUGACUAUCGCGGCCGCCCUGGGCAUCUUGAAUGCGUAACACAGUAUCCGGUGGCGCAUAAUUAAUGGCGUGUGGUGUCUAGAAGGCGCGUGAAGUUUCAGUCAACAAAUUGGGCAAUGUGCGGCAUAAUUACACAGGGCAAAUGUAAUAAAGGGCUUUCAAAGUAAA